AUGAGCAACAACAACAACAACCAGCAGUCCAACCGGCUCCAACUCAACUUUGGUUUCAAUAAUGGUGACCGCAACAAUCAGUACCAGCAGGAAGCCGGCAGAGCGUUCCCCACGACCCCCUCGACCUUCCCGCAACCUGUGUACCCGAACCAGGCUGGUCAGCAAGAGGUCUGGGGUGCCCAGCAACAAGGCAAUGGCUAUGGAAGCGGCGGCUACUUCAUGAAUCCCUACCAGCAAGCGCAAUAUCAGGGACAACAGGGCAACCUCCAGGGUCAAGGUAGCCAGCGUUUUGAUCAAAGUGCCAAUGGCUUAGCCCAACAACUCUCACACCAGCAUCUCGGAGGCGGCCGCUCAGGAAGUCCCUAUGGCCGCCAAGGCUCCCCGAACCCCACGCGUCCCCGUACCGCAGACAACAGAUAUGGCUAUGGAAGUCAGGGCGGCUCGGGACCACGACCGUCUUCGCUCUACGAUGAAGAGGCCCCCCAAAGGAACCCCGGCAAAUACUCGGAGAAUGUAGAAAAGCAGGCCAUGGUGUCCAAGAGCCUUAUCAACACCUUCUUCAAGGACAGUGUCCAGCGAGCACGCGACAGGAACCAAAGAGCGCUCGAACUCGAGGCUCUUAUGAAGGAGCCAUCCAUCUCCGACAGCCGAAAGGCGACCAAGGAAAACAGCAUGCGCCGAGCCGAAGUCGAAUACUUGCGAUUCCUACGAACAAAAGAGAAGCCUGAGAACUUCACAACUCUCAAGAUUAUCGGCAAGGGUGCCUUCGGAGAGGUCAAGUUGGUCCAACGACGCAACGAUGGCAAAGUCUAUGCACUCAAGUCGCUUGUCAAGCAGGAAAUGUUCAAGAAAGACCAGUUGGCGCACGUGCGUUCAGAACGUGACAUUCUCGCUGAGUCCGACAGCCCAUGGGUUGUCAAACUACACACCACCUUCCAGGACAAUACCUUCCUUUACAUGCUCAUGGAGUUCUUGCCAGGUGGUGACUUGAUGACUAUGCUCAUUAAGUAUGAAAUCUUCACCGAGGAUAUCACACGUUUCUAUAUGGCUGAGAUUACUCUUGCAAUUGAAGCUGUCCACAAGCUUGGCUUCAUACAUCGUGAUAUUAAGCCUGACAACAUUCUUCUCGACCGGGGCGGCCACAUCAAGCUAACGGAUUUCGGUCUGUCAACUGGUUUCCACAAGGAGCACGAUGCUGGGUACUACAAGAAGCUGCUUGCUGGCGGCGCACACAAGUCAAACCGCGACAACCGACAGUCAAUGAAUCUCGACCAGAUCCAGCUGACAGUCAGCAACCGUACUCAGAUCAACACAUGGCGUAAGUCUCGCCGACAGCUCGCAUACUCCACCGUUGGUACCCCCGACUACAUUGCGCCUGAGAUCUUCAGCGGCCAGGGCUACGACUACAGCUGUGAUUGGUGGUCGGUAGGCACAAUCAUGUUCGAGUGUCUCAUCGGCUGGCCACCGUUCUGCGCUGAAGAGCCUCAUGAUACUUACCGUAAGAUUGUCGACUGGCCGCGCAACCUGCACUUCCCUCCAGACCAACAGCUUGGUACCGAGGCCGAAGACUUUGUUCGAAGACUGAUCUGUGAUGCUGAUCAUCGUCUCGGUCGUAUCGGCGGCGCCAACGAAAUCAAGCAGCACCCCUUCUUCCGCGGCGUGUCAUGGGAUGGCCUGCGCCGCAUUCGCGCGCCUUUCGAGCCCAAGCUGCAGUCCAACAUUGACACGCAAUACUUCCCUAUUGAUGAGAUUGACCAAAACGACACAUCGGCUGCUCACAGGGCGCAGGCAGCACAGGCAGGUGAAGACGAGUACGCGACGAGCUUGCCAUUCAUUGGAUACACAUAUAAGCGGUUCGACGCCUUCCGCGGCUCGUAG